AGUAUUGUCUCAACAAACGGUACUUUCUAGCCCAUCCUUUAAAAAUGGGUUACAAGUCAAAUGAAAAAUCUAUCGUUGACUUUUGUGAAAGUAAAACCGAAUCCCUAUCCAACUGGGUUCGCCAAGUUAAAUCCAAAUCCCUAGACGCCAAGACAAGAAGAAACCGUGAUUUAAGAAUAAUCGCCAUUUUGAGCAACUCUCUAUCACGUGCCGAGAGUGAGCUCAUUUCCAAACAACGAGAGCGCGCCAGGAGGUGGGCUCAAAUGCAAGCUGAUCUUGGAUUGCGCAACAAAGAAGAAGAAGUCGCCAAGCAACAACAAGAAAAAAUUGAUAAUUUCUGGAAGAAUGAUCUCAGCGGCUUAGAUAGUUUUUUUAGAGAAUUAGAUAAUGUCAAGCCAGCUCCAAAAUAGACUGUUUUAGGUAAAGUAAAGUUUUUUGUAACUGUGAUAUUAUGUAGGAUGUUUUUCUAAA